AUGUCAGAAACGAAUGGAACACACCAGCCGCAACAGUACCGCGGCCGGGUGCGGACCGGCUGUCUGACCUGUCGAUCUAGAAAGGUUCGAUGCGACGAAGCGAAGCCGACCUGUCGUAACUGCACAAAGUCACAGCGCUUCUGCGAGUACAAACCAAAACAAGCCCAACAGCGAGUCUCAAAAGAUUCCAAUCAAUUCUCGCCUGCCAAGGAAACGAUUGAAGUCGCACCUGUACCUCAGCCCACUCCCCCGUCUUCCGGAUAUUGUGAAAGUAGCACCUCCAGCACGGUCUCUCCACUAGAAACAAGUCGCCAAAAUGCAUCUCAUCACCCCGACAACUGGUCACUGGAUGCACCCUUGGUCAUUGACACUGGGUUGGAGGGACUGAGCGGCGGUCCGCUAUCCACUCAAGAUAACCAACCGGAAACGGACUCAACGUCGAGCCUCAUAUCGCGAGACAUCCAGUUAUGCACAACCAUGGAUCUUCUCAGAGCGCAUGAUGAGCAUCUUCAAUCAUCAACAGUGUUUCUGGGGCUGGUGGAGUGCCCUGGCAUCACGCCAUUCGACAGAGUCAAUUGGCAUCAUGCAAAGUACCAAAUUGUCGAGCGAUAUAAGUCUUGUCGAGCCGUCAGCCAAGCUAUCACUGCCAUAUCUACACUACAUCAUACUAUGAUGUAUAACCUAUCACCAGCGAGGGCUAUAGAUUACGCUAUUCAUGCCAGGGCGUCACUUGACGAACUCUUGGAUGAACAUAACCAUGAUUUCAGCACAGUCUUAGUAGCCAUAUUCAUUUUAUGUGUCUUCGAGCUUAUUCUUUCUGAUGAGGAGACUAUUGCCUUCAAAGAUCCAAGUCAAGCCUUGCUACAGAGGGUCAAGUCCUGGGCACAGAGCCCUUUGACACAUCCGCCGUUAUGCAAACGUCUGAUUACAUGGUUAAAGAUCAUCCAAACUAUCACCAACCGAGGUGGCGGGAGAGGACUGCUCUCAGAAGGACUCUACGAGAUGUUGCCAAACUACGAGGGGCCACUGCCUUUGUUGGAGACACUACCAGGCCAUCGGCAGGAUGUGUCGACGGACUUACAUCAAGUCCUCAGUGCUCCAUUGUUUGAUUUUUACUUUCAGUUGCAGAUUAUAUCUGGAAGAAUUGCAAAGGAGACACACUAUCGUCGCACGCGUAACUCUGGAAGUGACCAGGAUGAAGUCGUCAGAAAUAUCACUGUAAUCAAAUCACAACUUCAGGCUUUAUGGGAAAGUCGAUCGAUGAUACAACGUCAAACAGCCAAAGAUAUCCGUUCUCAAUUGGCGCCCAAUAUUGCAAACAUCAUCAUAGAUCUCAUUCGUAUAUGCAAUACAGCCUAUUAUGCAGAGUAUGUUGAGAUAGAUCGGGUUCUCGGGGAUCCAUUGACGGAAUGGACUGGGUCGAGAGAGGCAAUACAGUCCAUUAAGCAAAUUGUGGAUGAUGACUGGGAAGAAAACCGUGGUAAAGGACUGAAUCCCGGAUAUCUUCGAGCCCUCUUUCUUUGCGCGAUUGAGUGUAUGGACCGAGAGCAAAAUCAGUGGGCCGUCGAGAGAAUUCGCGACAUACGUGGCGCAUCAUAUAGGAGUAAGUUCUUUGCAGAUUUUGGCAGGGCCCUCUCGGAGGCACAGAUCGAGAGGGAGAGGCGGGUUACGUCUAAAUACUUUUGCAUUUGGUAUUUUGGUGGGCCGCCCCCUUUUUUAUAG